CCGAAUCAGUAUGAGACAAGCAAUGGUAUGAACGCUUCGUAUACAAGACCCAUUUUUCGUCGCAGGUUAAUAACCGAGAGAAAUGGUUCAGUAGCGUUGCGUGAAAUGUUUGCUGAGUAAAUGCUGAUGAAGAUGCAAACCAAUAGUUUCAGGACACACUCUAAACAUUUCUGCAAGUUCUUGGCACGUUGUCCUGGAAUUUGCGUCCACAACCUGUCGAAGAUCCUCAUUGUUCAUGAUUUUUGGUCUCCCUGAGCGCG